AUGGAGAUUAUCCAGCAAUCCGAAACCUUCAUAGAAGAGAAUGGCAAACUCCAGUUUUGCUGGCAGAACUUCUACGUCCGACACGAAGGCAACAUACACUACGGGACGUGGGACGAUCGAUCAACGAAACCAACACACCCAAGCCAGCUGCGGAAUCUCAAGUUGAUCAAAACAGAGGAUAUAGGUCCAGAAGUACAGGAAACAUGGGCUGUGACCUUGGAACAGAAUUGCCACUUCAAAGCGCCAGGUCUCAACGACCUUCAUGAUCCUGGGCUGGAGGAUACCAUGCGACACGAGGUUGAGAUCAAUGAGAUCUUGCGCCGGAAUCCACAUCCUAAUAUCGCUACCUACUACGGUUGUCGAGAGAAGAAUGGCCAUGUUACGGGUCUUUGCUUCAAGCGCUACAAAGCGACUAUGUAUCAGAGGGUUAACCCGGACUACUUGAACAAGGACGACUUCCGUUCUAGUGCACGCUUGCAAGUCGAUGAUGCUGUCAGGAUUGGUCUAGUUGGGAUUUUGGAUGCUAUUAGGCAUCUUCAUUCGCUUGGUUUGGUGCACAAUGAUCUCAACCCGUCCAAUAUCAUGUUUGAUGAGCUUGAUGAGCCGGUAAAUAUUGAUUUUGGGAGUUGUCGGAGGAUUGGGGAAUCGCUAGAUACUACUGGGGCUGGACAAACUGACGCAUGGCAUGAUCCGGCGAAUGAUGUUGUCUUGGAGAAGAAUGAUUCGGAUGCUUUUGAAGAGUUAAAGUCUUGGUUGGUUGGUUCGGUGGAUGAUGCAUGGUUGUUCCCCGAGGAACAGCCACUCGAGAGAUGUUACAAUUGA